CCCGCUGGCGGUUCUAGUGUUAAAAAGGAAGAAAACUCUCAAAUUAAGAAAAAUUUUAUGAUUCUUAUAUGAUGGUACACUUGGUGUCUUGAAAACCAAAGUUAAUGCCAGUAUGAAGGCUAAACCUUACGAUGUUGAGGAACUUUACUACAUGAACAUCCAGAAACAGAAGAAAGUCAUCAUGGAAAAAAGCUACAGGAAAAAGAAACUCUGCGUCUGUGUUGCCACAUGCAACCGUGCCGAUUACUCCAAGCUCGCUCCGAUCAUGUUCGGGAUCAAGGCCGAUCCAGAGAACUUCGACCUGGAGGUGGUAGUUUUGGGUUCCCAUCUGAUUGAUGAUUAUGGCAACACGUACCGCAUGAUAGAGCAAGACGACUUUGACAUCCACACCAAGCUCCACACCAUCGUGAGGGGGGAGGACGAGUCAGCCAUGGUGGAGUCGGUGGGGCUGGCACUGGUCAAGUUGCCUGACGUGCUUAACCGGCUCCGGCCCGACGUGAUGAUUGUGCAUGGAGAUCGCUUCGAUGCCCUAGCCCUGGCCACCUCCGCUGCGCUCAUGAAUAUCCGCAUUCUGCAUGUGGAGGGUGGGGAGGUGAGCGGCACCAUCGAUGACUCCAUCCGCCACGCCAUCACCAAGCUUGCACACUACCAUGUGUGCUGCACCCGCAGCGCAGAGCAGCACCUCAUAGCCAUGUGUGAGGACAACGACCGCAUCCUGCUGGCUGGCUGCCCCUCAUACGACAAGCUGCUUUCAGCCAUGAACAAGGAGGAUUAUAUGAGCGUUCUGAAAAAUUGGUUAGGAGAAGGGGUGAAUGCAGGAGACUACAUAGUGGCUCUACAGCACCCAGUCACAACCAACAUUAAACAUUCCAUUAAGAUGUUUGAGCUGACACUGGAUGCCCUCAUCUCCUUCAAUAAAACAAUACUGAUUCUCUUCCCCAAUAUUGAUGCAGGCAGUAAGGAGAUGGUAAGAGUGAUGAGGAAGAAAGGCAUUGAGCACCACCCCAAUUUCCGGGCAGUAAAACACGUGCCCUUCGAACAGUUCAUUCAGAUGGUGGCACACGCAGGCUGCAUGAUCGGCAACAGCAGCUGUGGAGUUCGGGAAGCCGGGGCCUUCGGGACCCCUGUCAUCAACCUCGGAACUCGGCAGACUGGUAGAGAGACAGGUGAAAAUGUUCUCCACGUACGGGAUGCAGAUACCCAGAAUAAAAUAUUUCAUGCACUGGAGCUUCAGUUUGGUAAACGGUACCCCUGUUCAAAGAUAUACGGAGAUGGGAAUGCUGUCCCCCGAAUCUUGAAGUUCCUCAAAUCUAUUGAUCUGGACGAGCCAAUGCAGAAGAAGUUCCGUUUCCCACCUGUGAAGGAAUGCUUUUCUCAGGACAUCGACUACGUCUUGGAGACACAGAGCGCACUGGCUGUGGACCUGGGAGGGACCAACCUCCGAGUGGCAAUCAUCAGCAUGAAGGGGGAGAUACUGAAGAAAUACAGCCAGUCCAACCCAAACACUUAUGAAGAAAGAAUUGAUCUGAUUCUGAAGAUGUGUGUAGAGGCUGCUACUGAAGCAGUGCGCUUUAACUGCAGGAUUCUUGGAGUUGGUAUCUCCACUGGAGGCCGUGUGAACCCACAUGAGGGAGUGGUACUCCACUCUACAAAGCUCAUCCAGGAGUGGGACUCUGUCGAUCUGAGGACCCCUAUUUCAGAUGCCCUCCACCUGCCUGUGUGGGUGGACAAUGAUGGCAACUGCGCUGCCUUGGCAGAAAAGAAGUUUGGACACGGGAAAGGAGUGGAAAACUUUGUAACUGUUAUUACUGGAACAGGCAUCGGAGGAGGAAUCAUCCACCACAAUGAGCUGAUUCAUGGCAGCACUUUCUGUGCAGCUGAGCUGGGUCACAUCAUGGUUUCCCUGGAUGGACCCGAGUGUUUGUGCGGGAGCAGAGGCUGCAUUGAGGCAUAUGCGUCGGGGAUGGCGCUGCAGAGAGAGGCCAAGAAGCUGCAUGAUGAGGAUAUGCUUCUGGUUGAAGGAAUGUUGGUGAAGAAUGAAGAACCUGUUAGUGCUGUUCAUCUCAUUCAGGCAGCCAAGCUGGGCAAUUCAAAAGCAGAUAACGUCUUAAGAGCAGCUGGUGCGGCUUUGGCUGUAGGGAUUGUGAACAUCCUACACACUGUCAACCCGUCCUUGGUGAUCCUAUCAGGCGUGCUAGCCCCGCACUACGAGAACAUUGUCAAGCAUGUGGUCAGCCAAAGAGCUCUGACAUCCGCCCAGGGAGCCAAUGUGGUCACUUCAGAACUGGAGGAGCCCGCCCUCCUAGGGGCUGCCAGCAUGGUGCUCGACUACACAACACGAAGGCUAUAUUAGACACAGUGCUAAAACCUACUCAAGCCAGAAGCAAACUUUGUAUUUUCCAUUGCAGUUCUAAAAAUAUUUUAUAUGUCUAUACUAUGUACAUUCAGCUGACUGCCUUUAUUGACAGAAAGCCUUUUUGUUCAGUCAAAACUCAAGUCGUAUCGUGCUAAGGUUCGGUAACUUUUUAAAAAAAAAUAUAUAUAUUUCAGGUCAUUAUAUGAAAUAAACUUCAAAAUUCUUCAUCUCAUGGAACACCAGAUUUUUUUAAUGGCAUAUUACAAAUUAAGUUUACUGUUUUGUUUUUAGUGGUGCAUGAUGCAUCACACAGUGGAGGAUGGAAGCUUGCACACAGAUAAGAAUAGGAGAACACGAUAAUUGUUAUACCGUUGCAACAACAGUGAUACAGUGGACCCUGUAACAUGACUCAUUGGUUUACAUACCUUGUGAAUAAAUUAUUUUUCGUAAUGUUGUUAUAAAAUGAAGGAUUUUUAUGUUUUUGGUUAUUGGAUAUCAUCCGUGCUGUUUAAUUUCAUUCAAACAUAUCACUGGGUGAAAAGGUCAGAUACAUGUCUUUUUUGUAUUUCAGGCUCUACCGUGUGGUAGUUGUCCGUGACUGCAGUUAGCGCUAUUAGAAACUAUUUUUCUCAUUUAUUUUCUUUAAAAAAACACUUUAAAACCUACAUUUACCUUGAACUUGUAAUGAUUUGUCGGGUACCCUACCGCUGAGAAAUGUUUUAGGAAAAUAGUCCCCAAAAUGUUCAUAAAUGAUCUCUCACACAUAAGUAUAGAAGAAAAAAAACUUUAUUAAACAAAUUACUUUUGUACUUGUAAGAGCUGCUUAUAGUUUAUCUGAACAGUGCCAGAUAUCUGUAUGGAGCAAUAUCACUGAACUGUCCAUGUCUCAGUUUGUUGUUGUUGUUGAAAGAAGCUGUCUGAGCUCCAUUGGCUGACUCAGCAGUUGCAGGUACAGAAUUGGUGGCUUUUGUCGAUGCAAAGUAUUGGAUAAUAAAAUUAAUUUGGACCAAUUGUGUCUUUUGUUUAGUAUUUGCUCUCCAAUAGUGAACAAAACUUAAAAAUACAGCAAGUCAAAAUGAAAAAAAAAAACAUAUUUGCACGGAUUUAUUUUAAAUUUGAUUCACAGAUGAUGCGGUGACAUUCCAAUGGGCAUCUGUUUGUAUUAAUGCCCACGAUAGCUGAAAGCUGAUUGGCUGAUGAUACUGAAUCGUUUUCUAAUAGUUGUUAUUGUAUUUGUCUUAACAAAAAACUACCUGAUACAUACUGCAUUGCGUUCUGCAACACUCAAUCACAAAGUCAUAGUAAAACUACCAAAACAUCUUAGUCUAGUAGACAAAUAUUUGACGGUGUUGUUUUUUUAAAUGUCUGUUUUUAACAGUCAAUUUGAAUGUAAAUUCAGUAUAGCAAAAUUCUGUUUUACACUACAUUACCAAUGGAGUUCCUAUAUAAUAUGUCAUUUAAAAUUGUCAAUUAGCUGCCAUUUCUCAUUAUUUAUUAAAUAUUAAUGUUUUUAAAUUUAUUCUAUUUAUCUCAAUACACAGUUGAUGAAAAUCCACGAAAAAAAAGGGUUCAAUAUUAAUAAAAUGAUUGACCUUGUUAGGAAUAGUGACAUAAUUGGUCAAGGUCAUACUAUUAAUCCGUUCAGCUGUGCCUGUAGAAAAAGUGUGUCUGAAAUGCCUAGUAAUGGCUAGCUGAUCAUGACAUUGUGUUGCUUUGUAAUGUAUUUGGUAUUGUUAAUCUGGUUCAACAUUAAAUUGUAGUUGUUUGAAA